AUGAAAAAAGUCGGUUUAGUACAACGUCGUCGAACAGAGAAAGCUAUCAUUGAUGCUUUAUUAAAAAUAUCUGAAAUCGUUCAGAAAACAGAAACCAAUCGAAAUCGCCAGAAGUUACUCAAUGCACAUCAACACUUCAAAAAAGCCAUUGGUGACGGGGAUUAUAAUGAGUUCGAUGACGAACAACAAAAAGUACCCGUGCCACCUUCUAUACGUAAAAUUGAUUCAUAUGUGUCAGGUUUUAAUCACGAAUCAUCAGAAAAACCUUUGAACUCUAAUCAUCUAUCAACAUACAAAUCGAAACACAGUUCUUCAUGGCAUUCACAAGAAACAGAUAAGCCACAUAAUAGAUCAUUAGAACAAGUAUAUGUACAUUAUAAAAGUUCGGAACAUGCUAAAAAACGUUAUCAUGAUAAUUCUUCUUCGACAUCAUUAUCAUCAGAUGAUAAUCUCUAUCGAAAGAAAUCUUCGAAACAACAUUCAAGCCAUAAAUCAGUUCAAUCAAAUAAAAGUUUACAACCGGUAUGUCAAGAAGCAGAAAAAACUGAAAAUCAACCAACCAUAACAAGUUUUACUUCUCCAAUGGUUUCCUAUCAUGCUAAUUCUGCAGCUACAACACUUCUUGAUGAUCCGUCAUCGUCUUUAGCUAUGGUACACGUGAAUUCAGCUCCGACAAGUUCAUCCCCAAUGGCUAGUGAACAACAACAACAACAACAACAAGAGCAGUCAAUAGAUUUAAAUCGAAUUCAAAUUAAAGACGAUCAGUUUUCAUCUUCAUCAAAUCCAUUAACUGAUUUUGAUAUAUUUUUUGAUCAACAAUUACAAGCAACAUUAGAAAAACAUAUGAAGAGUCAAACACGAUUAUCAACAAAACAGGAAAAUAUUCGAAAGAAACGAAAAAAUCGAUUAGUAACUUUAACAAGAUCAGAAACAGGAAAAUUGAUGAAUCAAUUAGAUCUGACGAAACAAGUUUGUAAUGUUGAACACUAUGAAAAACAGCGUGAAUUAGCAAUGUUUGCAGCUAAACAAGGCAAUUAUUCUUUAUCGUACUCUAUCUACACAAAGCUGUUACACGAUACUCAAUAUGAUUAUAAAUUAAAAUCCGAAAUUCUAGCAUCACGUGCUGCAACAUCGUUAUUGGAAGAGAAAUGUUUCGAAUCGAUUGAUGAUUGCACACAAGCAAUAGCAUAUCAUGAAUGGAAUAAAUUAGCUUAUGUUGUUCGUGCUGCAUGUUGGAUGAUCAAACGAGAAUAUUCAAAAGCUGUUGAAGAUUAUUCAAAAUUAUUUCAUUUUUUCGAUCAAAGUCAACAAGUGUUAGAUUUAUUAAAUUUAGCUUAUGAAAAAUUAAAAUCAUUCAAUUCUGAUAUUGAUGAUGAUCAAUCGACAAAAAACGACCAUAAGACUAGACAACCGAUGGCGUCACCCAGGGAUACAAGUGUUGAUCCUACUCAGUCUCUUUCUCUGGUUUCACCAGCUGCUUCUUUUAUGCAACCAGCUGUCUAUCUUUGUUAUCCCUAUCAAGCGUAUCCAACUUGGAAUAGUACAAAUAAUGAACAACAAGCAAUAAAUAGAGAUGAAAUUCAGCAGCCAACCUAUAUGAUUACAAAUACUAGUUUUACUUCACAUCCAUCUCGAAUCAUUGAUCAGUCGCCGAUUUCUUCUGAACGAACAUUUCGAAAUUCAAACGAAAAAAAACAUAAAUCAUGCCAAUCAAUUCAUUCAAAUAAUAAUGCAGUUAUAUCAGCAAUAGAUCGACCAUCAACUGUUGAACAAGAAUCAACUUCAAUAAAUAAAAAUUUACGAUCAAAUUUAUUGUGGAUUAAAAAUUCCCGUUGA